AUGUUGCUCCAGCUGGACGGGGAUAUUGGGGAGGUGCCGGUUCGGCGGUCACGAGGAAGUGAAGAAUCCACCACCCCACCACCAUCACCACCACCACCCACGAACGACACCACCCACCCGUACGCGGACGUCCCGAUGGCGGCAGUUCCGGUUCCGGCCACCGAACAGCCCGCCCGAAAAGUCGACAUUUUGCUUUAUCCAACAGUUUCACCGGAAACGAUCGUCGUACCGAUCCUGUCCUGUAUCGUUGGCUUUCCCAUUUUCGCCCUGCUCGUCAUCUGCUGCCUGCGGCGAAGGGCGAAAAUUGCUCGCGAACGCGACCGGAGACGGAACUUCGACCUGCAGGCCAACACCAUCACGCUCGUGCGCUUCAACUCACACCACCUCAGCAACCAGCGGUCCAUCCUGCUGCAAUCUGGCGAUAGUCUGAGCCGCGGCUAUCCGUCACUCGAUUUGGACACGGUGUACGAGGAGAAGAGUGACACGCACUGCAGCAGCCAGCUCGACUCUCCGGCUGCCCACAUGCUGCUGACGGAUUCACCCCCGGACUCGGACAACGAACAGUGCUAGCAGUUGGAGAGUCCGGUUCGGGAUCGGGCACCAAGCCCGGAUCCGGCCGGACCGUUGCUUGGACCUCCACGCACCCACACCAUCACCGGUACGAUCGCGACGGCCGCAUACGGCGCGUAUGGCAAGGAUCGGGACGACACGGUGCUGGAACUGGUCCGAGGUAAGAGAAAGCGGUUCCGUAACACCCGACACAAGCGCUUGGCCGUGUCACACAGUGAGACGAACCUGAGUGGGCUGGGUGGGGGUUACGGGAUGGAGCCAGUACAGGAGCCUCCCAAACCGCCCCGGAAACCUGUGCUCGGUUAUGCGGCCAGCUUCGACGAGUCGGCGACGGAGGUGAAACGGACCGCGAGCAAGACGCGAAAAAAAGCCCCACGGGUGCAGCGGCAGCGUGAGGUUAGCGAGGGGAUUCGAGCCCCGCUGUGGUCCACGCUGACCCACGCGCAGACAAUAAGUGACUACGAGUUCUGAACGCCGGUGGCCAAAGCCCUCAGCCAAAGGAGACAACGCUCGAGGCAGCCCUGAUUGACUGGUAGAUAGACAUGAGCAAGAUUUCAAACAAAACUAGCAGCAGCACAUGACUCGAGGGAAAGCGCGAGAUAUUAAUUGUUUCAAUUCCACCCAAUAGAGAGGGUAUUGUUAAUUAGAACACGUGUUGUGUAGGAGUACCUAUCGGACUGUCGAAGAACACCAGUUUCAGCGGGAAACAUAGCGACGCGCACUGAAGUGCCAUUCCAUGGACGCAAUAAAAACGUAACGGGUUAGGAAAACCUUAUUUAAAUCGUAGCUAAUCAUGUUGAAAAUUUUAGCAGACGGACGAGGGAGACAGAGAGAAGAAGAAAAAAACUUUAAAGCAUAUAAGCAAACGUGCAACAGCUGUAUAAUGUAAUGACAGCGAGGACAAAUAAUUCCAAUAAUCCCGUUUACACGUGCGCCAACUGUAGCUAUACAUAUACUUCUAUCUAUAUACACGCAUGUAGCAUAUAUGAAUGUUAUGAAAUCAAGUUUUUCGCUGCGCAGCAUAACACAUUGUUCAAAUAAGCAACGGUUUCCUUGGAUGUUUGGCGUGCUUUUUAGUGUUAAAUUUUAAAGCAACAGGAUAUAAAAAUGCGCCAAAAAUUGGUCAGCGAAGCAAUGGCAUACGAGCCGUAACGAAUGUGGCAAUGGUAAGACUAAAUACAUAUACAAAAACAGAGGAAGGAUAUAUUAACUACUAGCAUACGUUUGGGGCUUGUUCGCUAGCUUCGCGAAAAGCCAACCGGAAAGACGGGUCCGUUCGUGGUUUCAAAGUAUUAUGCAUAAUGGAUGUAUGUAUUCUUUUGU